AAAAAAAGAAAAAGAAAAAAGAUUGUGAUGUAUGCUUGUGCUGUGGCUCUGAAGUCUGACCCCAUCUAUAAAUACUGAGGCCCAAGAGAAAAUAGUCCGCAGCCAGACAAUAAUUUUUACAAACAAGAUAAUUAUUGAGAUCAAAUUCUAGAGCGAGAAGAUGCCUUGUCUUGAUAUCUCUACAAACGUUAAUCUUGAUGGAGUCGACGCCGAUUCCCUCUUCUCCACCCUCACAACUGCUGUUUCUCAGAUCGUCGGAAAGCCCGAAAACUUCGUAAUGAUUCUGGUGAAAGGAUCGGUGAGGCUUACAUUUGGAGGGAAUAAAGAACCAGCAGCAUUGGCUGAAAUUAUGGCCAUGGGAGGCCUUAAUACCAAAGUGAAGAGACAGCUAAUUGCAACAAUUGGUUCAAUUUUACAGGACAAAUUGAAUAUUCCUAAGACUAGAUUUGUCCUAAAAGUUUUUGAUGCAAAUAUGGGUAGAAAUCUCUCAAAAUUGUAAUGCAUACUAAUGCUUUUUAAAAUUAUCUAAUAAAGAUUAAUUCUAUUUCGAUAA